UAUCCAUUCGCCCAGGAAUCAUUACAAACAAUAUUUCAGACCAAAGCUGAAUGGGUUUUGGCUCGAGCGGACGACAUACUCAACUGGGGCCGGAAGAAUUCGCUUUGGCCGCUGACCUUCGGCCUGGCCUGCUGCGCUUUGGAGAUGAUGCAUUAUGCUGGACCUAGAUACGACAUGGACCGCUUCGGCAUGGUGUUCCGCGGCACGCCACGGCAGACCGACGUCAUCAUAGUCGCCGGCACGGUCACAAACAAGAUGGCGCCGGUGUUCCGCAAGACGUACGACCUGAUGCCGGAUCCCAAGUGGGUGGUGUCGAUGGGCAGCUGCGCCAACGGUGGUGGAUACUACCAUUACACCUACUCCACAGUCAGGGGGAUGGAUAGGAUUGUUCCGGUGGAUAUAUACGUGCCAGGGUGUCCGCCGACGGCAGAAGCUCUACUUUACGGCAUGCUGCAGUUGCAGAAGAAGGUGAAACGCAUGAAAUCACUGCAAAUGUGGUACCGGCACUAGCAUGUUACAUUACUACGUCAUCUUGAUUACUUUUAGUACAAUAAAUUACGUCACUUAUGUGUUUUAAA